AUGCAACCGGCAGCUAGACUGUUAUCGCGGUCGGUAUGGAAGGGUCCUAACAUUGUACCACUCCCCAUAAGGGACGCUAUGACCAAAGGUACCCCGAUAAGGACAAACGCAAGGGCUGCAACGGUCCUGCCCCAGUUUGUGGGACUCAAGUUUCAAAUACAUAACGGUAAGGAGUACGUACCUAUCGAGAUAUCUGAAGACAUGGUAGGCCACAAACUGGGUGAGUUCGCGCCCACGAGGAAGCGGUUCAGCUAUACCCAGACCAAGAAUAAAUGA